AUGGAAAUUAUUAACGUGUUCGAAAACGAAAAAUUGUCUGCACGUGAAAUUGUAAAAAGGUUUAAUAUUGGCAAAACACAAGCUGCAGAAAUCAAUAAAAAUAAAGCAACAAUUCGUUCUAGAUGGGAGUCUGGAGUUAACGUUCAUCAAAAGCGAAGUUUUCUUAAAGAAGCUGGCUCUGAAAUAGACAAGAUGUGUUUUGAUUGGUUUGCUAAGGCUAGAAUUCAAAAAAUUCCUUUAUCUGGCCCUAUUGUAAAGGCAAAAGCAAUCGAAAUAGCAAUCAAAUUAGGUAUAUCUAAUUUUAAUGCUUCAAAUGGAUGGUUGAAUAGAUGGCGCUUAAGGAAUAAUGUUGCUUUCAAGUGCAUAUCUGCAUAUCUGGUGAAUCUGCAGAUAUUGCUACGUAAAAUCAACACUACAAGGUCAGCUUUAGAGCUGGCAAAAUCUAUUAAUGUACUUGAAGCUGUUUAUUUCCUUAAAACAUCUUGGGAUAAAGUAAAAACAACAACAAUCCAAAAUGGGUUCUGUAAAGCAGGAUUUUCAAAAGAUGAUGAAAGUUUUUCCGAUUUUGAUCCCGAAGAUGACAUUCCACUGGCACUCUAUGCUAAAUUUCAGGAAGGACCUGACUUGGCGAAUGAUUUUGACGAUUUUCUCAAAAUAGACAGAAAUGUUUGCACUGAAGAUGACAAUAUCGAAAUUGAAUUUGAAGAGCAUAACGAUAAAAUGGACAUAAGUGAUUCAGAAGAAGAACCUAAUGAAGAAAUAAGUGAGCCCAUAACAUCGUACGAUGAGGCGUUAACACUUGUUGCACGUUUGAAACAAUUUGCCAAAAAUGACUUCGUAGCUUUUCAACACAUCAAAAAUAUCGAGAGUCAUUUUGAAAAUGAGCAUUUUAAAUUAAAACAAUCAAUGCUUAAGCAAUCAAUCAUUACAAAAUUUUUCCAACCAAAAUAG